GUAUGUAAUAUCGUUAUUUCCCCAUUGUGCCUGCGGGAGGCACUGCCACUUGUAAUUGUGAGUUGUGUUCCUUAAAGUAAUAAAUCCAGAAGAAGAAUAGUAUCCCUGAAUGUUGGUUGUGUUAUUUGAACGUGGUUUAACCCAAGAGUUUUAUAUAUGUUUUAGUCAGUUAAAACAUAACAUAUUUGGCGACGAGGUGGAUUUAAAUGACCACGAAGCUACUAACUUACAGUGAAUCGUAGUUAGGCGUUACGUUACCAUACAUUUUCUUUUCUCUGCGUAGCUUUAGUGUUCAGAUUAGCUAGGAUGGCUGCUGCCAUUGGCCACAUGGAAGCUUUUAACGAAAGCGUCGAACCGUGGACCACAUACAUCGAACGAUUUGAACACUUCAUAGAAGCAAAUAGUAUUGAGGCCGAAAAGAAAGUGCCUGUGCUACUCAGUGUGAUCGGAGGAAAAACAUAUGGACUUCUCCGAAGUCUUAUCGCGCCAGAAAAACCGGGAGAGAAAAGCUUCAAGCACAUUACAGACACGCUACAGCAGCACUUCUCGCCAAAGCCCCUGGUCAUCGCGGAGCGUUUUCGUUUCCAUCGGCGGAAUCAGGAGGAGAGCGAGUCGGUGACACAGUAUGUUGCAGUGCUUAGAGGGUUGUCAGAACACUGUGAAUUUGGGGGACAUUUGGAUGAUGCACUUCGCGAUAGAUUUGUGUGUGGCCUAAAGAGUGAGGCUACUCAAAAACGCUUGUUGACUGAGUCUACGCUGACGUUUCAGAGAGCGGUAGAGUUGGCGGUCUCCAUGGAAACAGCGUCACGUGAAGCACACCAACUCAGCGGAUCACUGACGGUAAACGCACUGUCUUUAUCAAAGAGUAAGACUGGGAACAAAUGCAAACGAUGCGGAAAAAAUAACCAUAAUGAUGAUGAUUGUUGGUUUAAAGACAAAAACUGUAAUGUUUGUGGAAAAAAAGGCCAUAUCAGUCGCGUUUGCAGGAAAAGUAACGUUUAUGAUGACAGAAAAACAAUGAGUGGAAAAACAGCAAAAGCUGCAAGGCCAACGAAAGCAUUUAAGCAGAAAGGCUACAUAAAAAAGGGAAAUGUACACCGCCUUGAUGCUGAUGCAGUGUCUAAUGAGUAUGACACAGACUCAGAUUUAGCUCUGUAUAAACUGUCGCAGCCAGGAGAAAAGUCUAGUAUCACCGUGAAACCAGAAAUUGAAGGUACACCACUGGAAAUGGAACUGGACACGGGCGCAGCAGUGUCAUUGAUCUCAACAGAGACUUAUGAUCGAAUAUUGAAACACCUGCCCCUAUGCUCAACGGACAUUGUUCUUCGAACAUACACUGGGCAAGCAUUGCGUCCUGAAGGUGUAAUUGAUGUGCAUGUGAAAUUGGGCAAGCAAACAGCUGUUCUUCCAUUGUAUAUCGUGCAAGGAGACUAUCCACCACUCUAUGGCAGAGAGUGGUUGCGUCAGAUCAAAAUGAACUGGAAAGAAAUUAAAGCAGUCAGAUUGAAGACGCUCGAAUCUGUGUUGCAGAAACAUGCUGCUAUUUUCUCUACACAUUUGGGAGAAAUGAAGAACAUCACCGCUAAAAUAACAUUGAAACCUGAAAACAAACCCAAGUUUUGCCAGCCCAGAGUCGUUCCGUAUGCUCUUCGUCCAAAAGUCGAAGCGGAGCUGAAACGUCUCACUGAAAUUGGAGUAUUGUCACCAGUAGAGCAUAGUGAAUGGGCUACUCCAAUAGUUCCUGUUGUAAAGAAAAAUGGAGACGUGCGCAUCUGUGGUGAUUUUAAGGUGACGAUAAACCCUGUCUUACACAUUGAACACUAUCCAUUACCGCGCAUUGAGGACCUGUUUGCUUCAUUAGCAGGGGGACAGUGUUUCAGCAAAUUGGACUUGUCACAUGCUUACCUUCAAAUGAGGGUCGAAGAGGAUUCCAGGAAGUUCCUUACAAUUUCUACACAAAAAGGACUAUUCCAGUACAAUCGCCUUCCAUUUGGGAUCGCUUCGGCGCCAGCUAUUUUCCAGAGAGCUAUGGACCAAAUAUUACAGGGUCUGCCUAAUGUCCAUUGUUACCUGGAUGACAUUCUGGUUACCGGGCAGACUGAAGCUGAACACCUGGAAAACCUGGAUGCAGUCCUUGGACGACUGGAGCAGUUUGGGUUGCGUGCUGAAAAAGGGAAAUGUGACUUUUUCAAGGACUCACUGGAAUACUUGGGUCACAUAAUUGAUGCAGAAGGUUUGCACAAGUCACCUAAAAAAGUACAUGCAAUUGUCAAUGCGCCAAUUCCAUCAAACAUCACACAGCUAAGAUCAUUUCUAGGCCUGUUAAACUAUUAUGGGAGAUUCAUACCCAAUCUGGCAAACAUAGCGAAUCCUUUGAAUGCCCUGUUGUGUAAAGGGAAACGCUGGCAAUGGUCUGAGGAGUGUGAUGCUGCAUUUAAAAAGGCAAAAGAACAAUUGGUGUCACAAAAUGUUUUGACACACUAUGACCCUCAGAAUGCAAUUCGGCUUGCAUGUGAUGCAUCACCUUAUGGCAUUGGUGCCGUCAUUUCCCACAUGCUACCCAGCGGUGAAGAAAAGCCAAUAGCUUUCGCAUCACGCACACUUAGCAAGGCAGAACAGAAUUAUGCACAGAUUGAGCGCGAGGCUCUGGCCAUAGUGUUUGGGGUCAGAAAAUUCCAUCAAUAUCUUUACGGACGGAAAUUCACGCUUUUCACGGAUCACCGCCCCCUUACUACGAUCUUUGGGCCACAAAAAGGAAUUCCGUCUAUGGCGGCAGCACGGAUGCAAAGGUGGGCAUUACUUUUGUCUGCGCACAAUUAUACAAUAGAGUACAAAAGAGCUGAGAAUCAUGCAAAUGCUGAUGGUCUUUCGCGUCUGCCGUUACAAGUAGAACACAGUGAGAAAAUGGAUGCAGUAGAGCUAUUUUACCUCGAACAGAUGGAGAAACUCCCUGUCAGUGCCACGGAUAUCCGACGUGAGACUAUGAGUGACUCAACCUUGUCUACAGUCGUUGAAAUGGUCAUAAAAGGGACCCAAGCUGUCAACCUGACUGGUAAUAAUGAACUCUCACCUUUCAUCUCCAAACGCGCUGAGCUGUCCGUCCAACACGGGUGCUUAAUGCGGGGCAUGAGAGUUGUGGUUCCCCUUAAGCUGCAGAAAAGAGUACUGGAGGAACUGCACACUGGCCAUCCAGGAAUAGUCAGAAUGAAAGCCAUUGCUCGCAGUUAUGUGUGGUGGCCUGGUAUUGAUGCUGACAUUGAACUGUGCGUGAAAAUGUGUCAGUCAUGUCAACAAAUACAGAAAAUGCCACCCCAAGCACCCCUCCACCCAUGGGAGUGGCCAAGCAGACCAUGGGAACGUAUUCAUGUAGAUUUCGCUGGCCCAUGUGAGGGUCACAUGUACCUAGUCGUAGUUGAUGCACAUUCGAAGUGGCCUGAGGUGCAGUUGAUGACAUCAACAACAGCAGGGAGGACAAUUGAAGUUUUGCGGAACCUUUUCAGUCAUUAUGGACUGCCUGAAGUCCUGGUGAGUGAUAAUGGACCACAAUUUGUCUCUCAGGAGUUUGUAACUUUCCUGAAGGCCAACCAUGUGAAGCAUAUCCGUUCAGCCCCAUAUCAUCCUGCAACCAAUGGGCAGGCUGAAAGGUUUGUUCAGUCGCUAAAACAAGCAUUGAAGGCAUCUAAGGGCUCUUCCACUGUUCAGAGACGGUUGGAAACAUUCUUGCUGACGUAUCGCAACACACCACAUCCAACGACUAGAGAGGCCCCUUCUAGGUUGUUUUUGGGACGACAACUGCGCACACGGCUGGAUGCCUUGAAACCCAGUGUGACAGCUGCUGUGCGACUCUCACAGACCUCCCAGGUCCUCCGCCGUGCUGGUCGUUCAAAACCAAGACAGUUUGGAGUCGGCGAUGCAGUUCUGGCUCGUGAUUACAGAGGGAGAGAAAGAUGGACAUCAGGUGUGGUGACGGCUCAAAGUGGUCCAGUGUCUUAUAAUGUGGAUGUAGGAACUUCUGCGGAAUGGCGACGCCAUGCUGAUCAACUCUUGUCCAUUCCGAAUCAAGCAGCUGAAACUCAGGUGACACAACCACCUGACAUCAGUGAUGUACCGGUUCCUUUACAGACCUCUGUAAAUGACACUUCUUCAGCACCACCAACCAGGGAACAGGAUGUUAACAGUGACGCAUCAGAGUCUCAGAUAAAUCAUGGCAAACUCAACAUUCCAUCAUUGCAGGUCAGACGUUAUCCAGCCAGAGUGAUUAAACCGCCCAAUCGUCUGACAUUAUAAAGCCAUGAGAAACUCCUGUUGAACUGAAAUGUAAUUAGUUAUGUUAGUGAGCCUGUUCUGACAAGGGGCAGAAUAAUCCCCGAACUGGCUCGAGGCAAGAGGCAGUCUACCCUCUACCUCUAGUUAAAAAAAAAAAAAAAAAAAAGGCAUAAUUUUUGAGUAGCUGAAAAUGCAUUGUUUUUCUUUUGUUUGUUGAUUAAGAGGGGAGGAAAUGUUAUGUAUGUAAUAUCGUUAUUUCCCCAUUGUGCCUGCGGGAGGCACUGCCACUUGUAAUUGUGAGUUGUGUUCCUUAAAGUAAUAAAUCCAGAAGAAGAAUAGUAUCCCUGAAUGUUGGUUGUGUUAUUUGAACGUGGUUUAA